UUUACUGUUAUUAUGAAUCAAGAUGAACUGUAGAAAUGUUAUUAUAUUCAUUUUAUGUGAAAUAUGUUUAUCUAUAGCACAUGUAAGCGAUCCCACACUCGUUACUUUACCAGAGGGCCAAAUAAAGGGUCAAGAGUUACUCUCCCCGAAAGGCAUCGUUUAUUAUGGGUUUCAACAAAUCCCAUAUGCAGCGCCACCUGUCGGUGAAUUAAGAUUUAAGCCACCCAAGAAGCACCAGAAAUGGACUGGAGUAUUGGAUACUACGAAAAACACAAAAAUUUGUUACAAAAUAAAUUCUUACGAGAUUGCAAAUACAACGCAAACUGAGGACUGUUUAUACCUGAAUGUUUUCACUCCUUUGAAACCAGGAGAUUCGUCAAAAACUCCAUUAGGGGUAAUAGUAUGGAUACAUGGGGGUGGAUUUGAAGAUGGGUCUGGUGUAGUUCAAGAAUACAAACCGCAAUUCUAUGUGGAACACAACAUCGUUGUCGUCACAAUGAACUACCGACUGUCUGUUUUAGGAUUCCUUACCACUGGAGAUGGGGUCAUACCAGCAAAUUUGGGGAUGAAAGAUCAACAUUUUGCCUUAAAAUGGGUCAAGAAGAACAUUCAUUUGUUCGGUGGAGACCCUGAAAAAAUAACAAUUUCGGGCGAGAGUUCCGGAGCAGCAGCUGUGGGACUACAUUUAAUAAGCCCAAAAAACAGAGGACUCUUCAGAGCCGCCAUUUUGCAAAGUGGUACUGCGAUAGCAAGAUGGACACGUCAAGAUUACGCUAGGUUUUACGCCUUCGAAUUGGGACGAAGUCUGGACCCAAAUUUCGAUUCUUUCGAACCAGAGGAAUUACUCAAGUUGUUGCAAAAUACUCCAGCUUCCAAAUUGAUCAAUAAUUCCGUUACUACUGCACCAGGAAAGCAAACUUCAUUGAUCGAAGGUGAAGGUGAAAUAUGGUUGCCUGUGAUAGAAAACCCUCAUCUAGAAGGAGCAUUCUUGACGACUUCUUUUUAUAAACCUUUUACUACAGGACAUAUAAACCAAGUACCUAUACUCAUUGGCUUCAAUUCUGAGGAAUAUUUACUAGGUGCUUUAGAACCUAAUGCACCCGAGAAUCGGGCGAAAUAUUUUGACAAAGACUUGUCUAGUCUCAUUGGAAAUAAAUAUAAUAUGACUAAAGAAAACAAAGUGACUGCUGGUCGGAAACUCAGACAAAUUUACACUGACCGAACAUUUCAAGAGGACAUCCCAGCAGUGAUCAAGUUUACUAGCGAUGAAGUAUUUACAACGCCCACCAUUAGACAUGCUAAGCUGCAGUCGAGCUAUACUGAUGUUUAUCUAUACCAGUUUUCCUACAAGGGUAAAAUGGGAGGCUUAAACGGGAUGCAAGUUGCAGGUGUGACAGGUGUUGGUCACGCUGAAGAAUUAGGAUAUUUAUGGGACGCACCGCUUUCUUCUGAUGGUUCGCCCGAUGAUCCGCAAGAUUUGGUAACCCGGCAGCGUUUACUAACCUUAUGGACGAACUUCGUUAAGUACUUGAAUCCAACUCCUAAAAGAGACAGUCUUCUGAAUAACGUUGUAUGGGAAAAACUAACUCGGAACAAUUUGGUGUAUUUGGAUAUCAACAAAACGCUGGAGAUGAAGAGGAAUCCGAAGGAGUAUCUCAAAUGGGAGAAAGUUUUAGAUACUUAUGCCAUACCACCACUAUCUAAUUAUUGAUUUUAUAAUUUUAAGGAUAAAAAAUUGUAAAUAUAAAUAUAAAUCGUUUUAGUUGAUAA